GGGUGUGUGCACCCAGGCUCCGUGUUACUGUAUAUUAAUGGAGUACUGUUCCCAGGGCCAGCUCUAUGAGGUUCUGAGGGCUGGACGGAAGGUAACCCCCAGACUGCUGGUGGACUGGGCCUCAGGGAUCGCCUCUGGGAUGAACUACCUGCACCUCCACAAGAUCAUACACAGAGACCUCAAGUCACCCAAUGUGCUGGUGACCCAACAAGACACAGUGAAGAUCAGUGACUUCGGGACAUCCAAGGAGCUCAGUGAUAAGAGCACUCAGAUGUCGUUCGCUGGUACGGUGGCCUGGAUGGCCCCAGAGGUCAUCAGGAACGAACCGGUGUCUGAGAAAGUAGACAUCUGGUCGUUUGGCGUGGUGUUAUGGGAGCUGCUGACUGGAGAAAUCCCCUAUAAAGACGUAGACUCCUCAGCCAUCAUCUGGGGUGUGGGUAGCAACAGCCUCCACCUCCCUGUUCCCUCCACUUGUCCCGACGGGUUCAAGAUCCUCAUGAAGCAAACAUGGCAAGGGAAGCCCAGGAACCGUCCAUCAUUCCGUCAGAUCCUGCUCCAUCUGGACAUUGCCUCAGCUGACAUCCUGGGAGCUCCUCAGGAGACCUACUUCAAGUCUCAGUCUGAGUGGAGGGAGGAGGUGAGGAAACACUUUGAGAAGAUAAAGUCUGAAGGAACCUGCAUCCACCGACUGGAUGAGGAGCUGAUCAAACGCAGGAGGGAUGAACUCAGACAUGCCCUGGACAUCAGGGAGCACUAUGAGAGGAAGCUGGAGAGAGCUAACAACCUCUACAUGGAGCUGAGUGCCAUCAUGCUGCAGCUGGAGGUCCGCGAGAAGGAACUCAUCAAGAGAGAGCUGGCUGUGGAGAAGAAGUAUCCAGGUAACUACAAGCGUUCCCACCUGAUGCGGCCCAUCGUCAGACCCAACGCCGUAGAGAAACUCAUCAAGAAGAAAGGCAACAUGCCCCCUGCUAAGAGGCCGGACCUGCUGCGUUCUGAAGGUAUCCCCAGUAUGGAGGUGCUCCCGUCCCCCUCGUCCCUCUCUGCCAGCCCCAAGGUUUCCACGCCACCCGGCAAGCAGAGGUACCGCAGCAAGCCCCGGCACCGUCGGGCCAACAGCAAGGGUUCCCACAGCGACUUCCCCGGCGUUCUGAAGACCGGGCCGGGGGCGGGAGCUACAGAGGAGCAGUACCAGCCCCAGCCUCUAGGGGAGCAGUACCAUCAUCCUGCCACCGGGGGUGCUGUCCAAGAGCACUACGAGCACCACCACCACCCCCCACCAGAGGGCCCUCUGCUGCCCCUGAAGAACAGAGAGGAAGCGGUGGUCAACUGUGCCAACAACCUGAGGUACUUCGGCCCGGCCGCGGCCCUGCGCAGCCCCCAGACAGACCACCUCCAACGCCGCCUGUCGGGCUCCAGCCCUGACAUCAUCUCUACGGCCGUGGUGUCAGACUCACGUCAGCGCAGCACCUCUGUGUCAGGCCCCGGGGGGAGGGGCGGGACACUGUGCCCCUGCUGCCAGGCACACCCCUUCCCAGGCUGCCUGCACUGCCAGGAGACCCCCCCUGCCCCCAGCCACCCAGAGCUGCCACACUACUCCCUGCUGUCCAGAGUACCUGACCCCACGGCGAGAGAGGCCCAGGGGAAGGGAGAGCAGCAGGAGAGCCUCCCACGCAACCUCAGGCCCCUCAGGAAGGCUGGUGAUGAGUCGUCAGAGGAGGAGGAGGGAGAGGUGGACAGUGAGGUGGAGUUUCCACGGAGACAGAGACCUCCCCGCUGUAUGAGGUCGUUCCAGUCCCACUCCACCUUCAGCUCAGAGAACCUGUCUGUGUCUGACGAAGAGGAGGGUAACACCAGUGACCAGUCCCACACCGGACCCCUGGAGCUCCUCUCAGCCUCCCAGGAAGACCACCUGGAGCUCCUCUCAGCCUCCCAGGAAGACCACCUGGAGCUCCUCUCAGCCUCCCAGGAGGACAUCCCCAUCGACAUCAACACCCAGUCAGACGGCCUGUCUGAUAAGGAGUGUGCUGUCCGCAGGGUCAAGACCCAGAUAUCCCUGGGGACACUGUGUUCUGAUGAGCACAGCUAUGAGAACCCGCUGCACUUUGACUCUGACUGUGAAUCGUCUGAUGCAGAGUGUUCUGAUGCCACCAUUAGGAACAACCAGCCUGGUGCACGCACCUCCUGGUGAUCAGCCUCC